AUGGGGCCCCCGGGCAAUAGGGGAUCAUGGGGCCCCUGUGUCCUUGCCCAAACUCAAAAAAGCCUAUGAAAAAGGUACCAGGGGCAUCUCAUGUGGCCCCCAACUGACCCCGGGCCCUCAGGCAGUGCCCGAGUUUCCAAAUGGUCAGUUCGCCCCUGGGGGCAUCCUUACAUUCCUAACACAUUACCCAGUCCAUAUCAGUAUAGAAAUGUUACCUGCUAUAAUUGCUUACCACAAUAAAUCAUUGCACUGUUUGUGUUUUUGUUAGCUCUAUGUGUUCAUCAGUAUA